CAUUUCCCAUGCUGCCGUGGGCGUUGCCAAGACGGAAACGCAACAAGAUGCCUUGAUGAUCAUUUUCUGUGAACUGUGGAAAACAAGUUGGGGCAGGAGCUGCAGAGGGGGCUGCUGACGGUAAGACAAACUGACAUAAAGACACAGGUUUCCCUGGAAAACAUUUCAAUGACCCGUAGAACAGCAACUCUCAGAUUUGCCUACUGAACAGUACAAGUCAUGUAUCAAGUUGUACCAGGAGGAGCGGGAGGGACAAUCACAGAUGUUAUCCCCAAGCAGAAACACAGCAAGGACACUCGACCCUUAGUCGGAGCUGGAGUGAUUGGCCUGGUGCUGGUGAUUGCUGCAGUGACUGCUUGGUGUUAUUACAUAGCCUCCCUGCGCAAAGCUGAGCUGCUUAAGACUCAGUUGCUGGAUCUGAAUAAAGAUGGCUACAUUAUCCGUAACCAGGGAGGGUCUAUUGUUUUCAGAAUGGAUUUCAGGUCAGGUACUCUUGAUUUGGAUUCAUGCUCCAAAGAAGGAGAGAUGCUGAGCUGUGAAAGAACCACAGACAGAAAACUGAACUUCUUUAUCGAGACAGUACGACCCAAGGACACGGUACAAUGCUACCGAGUGCGCUGGGAGGAACUUGUUCCUGACAUUCCGGUUGAGCAUGCCAUGACAUACAAGUUUGCACACUGGUAUGGUGGUGCAGUGUCAGCAAUUCAGCACUGGCCUAUUUCUAUUUCUGGCCAACAGGCUCCCAAACCCUUUGUUACUAGUGACAUCUACGCAAACCGCAAUGAAUUUGGUGGAAUUUUGGAGAGUUACUGGCUUUCAUCCAAUGCUACGGCAAUCAAGAUCAACAAUUCCGUGCCCUUCCACUUGGGCUGGAAUGACACAGAGAAGACCAUGUCCUUCCAGGCACGUUACAACGACAGUCCCUUCAAGCCAAACCCAGGAGAGAUACCAUGUGCUGAACUUAGUUACAGAGUAUGUGUGGGCUUGGAUGUUACAUCCAUGCAUAAGUACAUGGUCCGCAGAUACUUCAACAAACCAAACAAAGUGCCCGCCAAAGUCAUGUUUCGCCAUCCUAUAUGGUCAACUUGGGCACUACAUAAGACUGACAUUGACCAAGAGAAACUGUUGACGUAUGCUGCCAACAUCCGCAAGUAUAACUUUAACUGUAGCCACCUGGAACUAGAUGAUCGCUACACUAGCCGCUAUGGAGAAUUUGAGUUUGACCAGAUAAAGUUCCCCAAUGCCUCGGACAUGUUCCAAAAACUGAAAUCAGACGGAUUUCUGGUGUCACUAUGGAUACACCCUUUUGUUAACUACGACUCAAAAAACUUCCAUACUUGUGUAGAGAGGGGGCUGUUUGUGCGGGAACCAACUGGCCAGCUGCCAGCCUUGGUGCGUUGGUGGAAUGGCAUUGGCGGCAUUUUGGACUUUACAAAUCCAGAAGCCCGUGAUUGGUUUUCUUAUGAGCUACGUUCACUGCGAUCCAGGUAUGGGGUGUCAUCUUUUAAAUUUGACGCAGGGGAGACCAACUACUUACCAUGGAAAUUUAGUACCAGAACUCCCAUCCGGGACCCAAGUUUCUUCACAAGACGUUACACGGAAAUGGCUAUACCUUAUAAUGACAGAGCCGAGCUGCGCAGCGGCUACCAGUCCCAGAACAUAUCCUGCUUCUUCAGACCAAUUGACAGAGACUCUGUGUGGGGAUAUGAGUUGGGUCUCAAGUCUCUUAUCCCCACAGUGCUCACCAUCAGCAUUCUUGGCUAUCAAUUUAUUCUACCAGACAUGAUUGGAGGGAAUGCCUAUCUGAACCGCACGGAUGGGAAUCGUGUAUUACCCGAUCGAGAACUCUAUAUCCGCUGGCUGGAGCUGUCAGCCUUCAUGCCCUCCAUGCAGUUUUCAAUUCCGCCAUGGGAAUACGACAACGAGGUGGUUGAAAUUGCUCGGAAAUACACAGCUCUCCAUGAGAGUAUUGUGGCGCCACGGGUCCUGGAGCUGGCUGGUGAGGUGCUGGACACCGGGGAUCCAAUCAUACGGCCCCUGUGGUGGAUUGCCACAGGUGAUGAGACAGCCUAUAAAAUCGACUCCCAGUUCCUGAUUGGGGAUGACCUCAUGGUAGCCCCAGUUUUAGAGCCUGGAAAGCAAGAGCGUGAUAUCUACCUCCCCGCCGGCCGUUGGAAAAGUUACAAGGGGGAAAGAUUUGAUAUCAAGGAGCCACUUCACCUCACGGACUAUCCUGUGGAUCUGGAUGAGAUUGCUUACUUUGUUUGGGUGUAGCACGAAGGGAAUGUUGAGCCGAACAGACUUGAUUAGCCUAUGACCCAAUUUGCUUGUAAGACAAGCUUAGGAAAUUUUGCUUUUGUGGUUGACAGGAGGGACAUUGUAUGAAAUUGGAAAAACAUUUCUGUAACAAAGUUUUAACACUACGUGACGUCCUCAAAACCUCAUCCGGAAAUUUUUUAUUUCAUUUAAACUCACAUUAAUGCUUUUGCAUCGUUUGUGAUUUAUGUUGUCUUCACAAUGUAACUCUUGCUUACUGGCAGCUACUCUAGCCAUAAGGGAUAAUAAUGACUUAACAAAAUGGUAAAAUAUGAUAUGACAGUAGCACAAGAAGAGAAAAGUCAUAAAGUCAACAAACUGACUUACUAAUGUGAGUUAAUCACUCACUUCUGAGUGAUUAACUCACAAGUCUGCUAACAUCAGUUAGUAUUCACCACCAUAAGCUACCAAGUAAGGCUGUGCAAAACCCCAGAAUGUAAUAAAGUGAGUGAGGAUGUGUUUUUAGUGAAUUCAGAUGUUCAUUUAUACCUUCAGAAGGUAGUCUUACUUUUUUGUCAUUUAUCAAAAAGGGAUUGUGCAAACUGUGAAUUGAGUAAGGCAUAAUUGCCAUUGUGUGCCAUAAAGUUGUUAUCAUCAUUGUCAGUGCACUUUUAACUUAAAUAAAAGCCAAACAGAUUGUCUUAUGGGAGGAUAACUGAAGGGGUGUCAUUUUUGUCAUAAAGCAGGGAGUAGGCCACAUAACAUAUUCUUUAUUGAUGAAAAAAACAUCCCAGCUUGACUGGGAUAUCCUACCUUGCUUUGACACUAAUGACUCCUCUUCUCGUCUGCCACCAGAUACUUUUCAGGAAGUCAGGGUUUAUGCUUCACUUAACAGGAUGAAUGCUUGAAGCUUAAUCAUUACAAACAGCAUGCGCUCUCAUUUGUGUAACAGUGUCAUGUAACUACUCUUAGCCCAGUAGAAGAUGCAUUUAUUAGGCACUAAAUAUUUUAUGCUCCACCUCAGGUAACGGCUUUUUGUGGCUGUAGCGGUUUUUUUUUUUUGUUAAGUGUCUGGUAAUUGACUUUAUUGUGCUUUGCUGACCUCUGAAUGCAGCUAAACAGCUAUUGCUAUAAUGUAUAAUACAUUGACUUCCACAUCCAAAAUAAUAAGUCUCUUUGGAAGGUUUUCUGAUGUUUGUAAUUCUGAAACACUAUUACUUAAUACCUGCCUGGUAUGUAGUGUUGAAGUCUAUAGAUGCAAUUCAUUUUGAAGCAUUUAAUGAUCAAAUGAACUGACUACAGGGUUCUUUGUCACCUUGUGUUUUGUUAAUGUGAAUAUUUUGAAACUGCAGUGAUAUGUCCUAGUGCCAUAUGUUGAUAAUUACUGCCACGUACUUUGUGUGAUAUGCUGUUAUGCUAUAUUCAUUACAUUUACAUUGGUGCAUGUUGUACAUUUAUUAUGCAAUAUUAUUGUUUAUUUCUCCCUUAAUGGGUAAGUUAACUUUUAUGUGCAAUGACAUUGUCAACAGAACAAAAGUUUUCCUUAGUUUCUCCUUUAGCUCCUUCAAAAUAGUUUUCCAUAAUUGUGGGUCAAAAUGUGUUAUUGUAUAUUAUACAAUAAUAACUGCUGUUAAGGCAGCAAGUGUAUUCUUUUAAAGGGUAACUCCACCAUUUCUUCUCCUCAAAGGGGCAAUAUGUUAGAAUUUUAGUGAAUAACUAGCAGUUUUGACAUGAUGUUUUCGUAUGGUGUUGCAUAGAUCACUACAGAAGUUAGACUGCUAACGAGUAAGCCCCGUCCUAUCCUGGUCCAUAGCUCGGGUGCUGUCAGUGUAAACACUAACACUUCCGUCCCAGCUUGACCUGGUAGCUACAUGGCUUAGUAAGCUAACUAGCUAAGAGUAGCUAGCAGCAAUUAGCAGUUUCAGUGAUCUGCUUCCUGUACCAUAUUUGUUUUGAGUAUGAAUUUGACAAGUAGCCAGUUCUUACACAUAUGCACCUUUUUUAAAGCUUACAGGUUUUGGGGAGUACUGAUGCAUAUAUGGGAAAAAGUAGUAAAAGUAAAAAAACAGCAGUACCAGUAGAGUAGUACACAUUUUUGUGGCUCCAGAGGAAGCUGCAUGUAAUUUGAUAAAUUGCCUCCAAUGAAGUCACUCAUUGGCAAAGUUGCAUCGUUGGUUAUGUAAGCACCAGAUUUUGAAAAGCAGUCCACUGGUUUAGCAUUGCUCUCCUAUGACUCACUAAAGAUUUUAUACUACUAUUAUCACGUACACACUAGUACGCCUCAAGACCUGAAAACAAACUUUAAUGUGUUACAUUGAUGGACUUGCCCUUUAAGUAACCUCCCACAAAGGAACACCAAUAAAGAAUGAUAUUGGUAACAUCAUUCAGCAAAUUCUUACGGUGCAGUUUUCUCAUUCAGAAGUAAUUAAAUGGUGCCUGCCUCUCAGCUGUGAUGUGGCCUGUGCUGACUUUCACUUGUGGCUCACAGGUUGACCUCAGUGGUUUUUGUUUGUGCCUUUUGACAUAGUUUUAUUGUAACAUCACUGCCUAUUUAUAGCAGUUCUCACUCAGCAUCUGGGCCAGGCCAACCUCUGAGGCUAUUUCCAUCUCAGCCAGUCUCGCCUUAUGACAACACUGAUACGCCGUGUCUCAGACUGAAUGUUUCUUCGCUUUUUGGCUCUUUUGACCCACUGUGUGCUAUUAUUUGCUUCGAGUUGUUGUAACGGAACAUUUGCAACAUUUGCUUGUUACUUAAGGGCAGAACUAAUUUCCGCAAGAGAGGCAUAAUUGAUGUAAUCUUUUGUGAAUGUAUUAAAAGAUACAAGUUUGACUUUU